AUGCCCGGCUCACUGGCAGACUAUCUUGCCAAAAACUACCUCAACGCUGACCCGGCGCCUGAACGCCCCAAGAAAAAACGCAAGAAGGCCAAGACAACCGACACCGCAGGCUCCGGCCUUCUCAUCGCCGACGAUGACCCACCAGAUCUCCGACACACCAACACAAACCUCGAUAACGAUGACGAAGACAGCCCCUUUGUUGAUACCUCAGCGCAAAGUACCGAGUUCCGUCGAGUCAAGCAAUCGGGAUGGAAAACUGUCGGUGGACCAGCGGGUAAUGAACAGGCAGAGGCCGACGCAAUCCUGGCCUCGGCCGCAGCUGAGCGCGCAGCACAACGAGCCGACGAUGAUGACGCUCCGAUGAUUGAAGGAACAGAAGAGGAGGGACCUCGCAUGGAGUCCGGCGCAUUGGCAGGUCUCCAGACAGCGGCACAGACAGCAGCGAUGGUGAAAGUACAAGAACGUCGGCGCAAGGCUGAGGCGGCAUUAUUCAAAGACCCAGCGGCGACAAACGAAAAGGAGCAAGAAACCAUUUACCGUGACGCAUCCGGACGAAUUAUCAAUGUGGCGAUGAAGCGGGCGGAAGCUCGACGCGCCGAAGAAGAAAAGCGCGUCAAGGAGGAACAAGCGAAGGAGGCGCUCAUGGGCGAUGUGCAACGUCAGCAGCGGGAGGAACGGCGACAAGAACUACAAGAGAUCAAAUCUAUGCCCGUUGCGCGCACGAUCGACGAUGAAGCUUUGAAUGACGAGCUACGAGAACGUGACCGGUGGAAUGAUCCUGCUGCUCAGUUCUUGACACAAAAGAAGGGGCCCGGUGCUAGUGCUACGGGGAAGCCAAUCUAUAAAGGCUCAUUUCAACCCAAUCGGUAUGGCAUUCGGCCUGGACAUCGGUGGGAUGGAGUUGAUCGGGGCAAUGGGUUUGAGAAGGACUGGUUUACCUCGCGGAAUAAGAAGAGUCGCAAUGAGGCACUGGAAUACCAGUGGCAAAUGGACGAGUAG